AUGGCGUAUGGCGGUGGGUCAAAGAGAAAGAGAAGUGAUAGGAGCAUCCCCGGCGAUGAAGGAGCACGCGCUUCGCCGCAUCGACCUCAAGAUCUGGAUCUUGCUCGACAAUCACAGUCACAAUCUCCCUCCCAGAAUCGAGACGAUGGUGGUGCAAGAACGACGAGACGACAGAUUAGAGGUGUGCGCAAUGCUAGCCAACAGCAAGAGGAGGACAAUAUGGCUGCUACAGGCAUUGAAGCACCAACUAUCGAAUCAUCCACUCCACCGGCUCCUGCACCUGUCCUUGAGGCCCCUUCCACGAAUGGGCAAUCAGACACAUCCAAUAUGCCGCCUCCACCUCUGCCUUCUGGACACAAUGGUGAAGCGAGCGUGGUCUACGAUUACAUCACCGACGACGUGGUUCAAGACUGGCCAGGUCAAGGAAGGGAGAAGAUAAAGACGAAAGUCCUGGAGACCUACACAGACACUACCGACAUCACACUGAACGUGAUCGUGGAAGAGUUGUUGGAAGCAGCCACGAUUGGCCGGAUUGACCCUCAUGAAGCUGGACUGCUCGUCAAAGAAUGCAUCGACGACACUUCAUCCACUGCACAAGCAAUCAAUCCUGUCCAAGAUGCUGUUCUCGGUGCAGUUCACAUACUUUUCGCAGAAGAGUUUUCGAAUCCUCACAUUGCUGAAUUGGCUCUGUUCCUCUCCGCCGCCGAUAUUAGUAUGGGUAUCCUCCGUCUUGAGCUUGAGGCCAAAUUACUGGAGCAGCUGAACCUUAUCCGCGACAAAUUUCACAAAAGAUUCAUUGUCAAGCAGACUAGCGCCCUGUAUAAACAGGCGAACUACAAUCUCCUACGGGAGGAAUCAGAAGGUUUCUCAAAACUCUUGACUGAAUUGUUCACAACUGCCACACACGAACCGCCCACUAGCGAUGCUGUCAACGGCGCCGUGGAGAAGGUGAAGGCUAUGAUCGGCGCCUUUAACCUCGACGUCGGCCGCAGCCUGGAUGUUGUCCUUGACGUUGUCGGUUCCUCAGUUGUUAGACAGUCACGUUUUUUCGUCAAAUUCCUUAGAGCUAGUCCGUGGUGGCCAAGGAUAGAGGGCGAUCAACCGUCAUCUGGAACGUUCGAUAUCACGGGUGGUCUUCCGGCAUGGGCAUUGCCUGAAAACAUACACGCUGAACUGACACCAGACCAGCGAGCACAGCAAUUGAAGCUUGCCGAGGAACGUGAUCUACACUUCUGGAACCAGGCGCGUCAUGAAGGUCUGCGUGCCUACUUUCAACUCGGUAGACAUCGGUCCUUCACCAACGACCAUAGGCGGCCUUCUACAGAUGAUGCAAACCUAAAAUAUGUCGAGGAAACAGGCACAAUACCUCAUUCUGGUAGCCGUGAAGCUGCUCAGCUCCUUGGCUUUAAGCUUCGCUUCUACGCUCAGGACGCGGAGGGUGAUAGUGCUGACGGUACUCCCCCAAAUCUAAUCUACCUAGCCGCCUUGCUGAUCAAGAUUGGCUUCAUAUCUCUGUAUGACCUCUAUCCGCAUUUGUGGCGGUCUGACGAGAACAUGGAAGCGCUGAAAGAAUUGAAAACGAAAGAGAAAGAGCAGAGAGAUCGAGCUGCUCGACCAGGCGCGGGCGCCUUGAAUGCGCUUGCGAGAGCAGGCGCUCUUCCUGACGACGAGAAACCAUCUGCUGUUUCCAGACUUAAGGACCAAGGAACACGUGCUAGUACCCCAAACGAGUCUGAAAAAUCUGCUUCGAAGGAGCCAGCAGUUGAAAAACCUGAUCAAAAAGUCAUGUUACUUCAGAGUCUGCUUGCCAUCGGUGCUUUGCCAGAAGCCUUGUUCAUCCUGGGUCGCUUCUCGUGGAUGACGGACCUGAUACCCGAAUUACCAGAGUAUAUCAAUCGCAUAAUACAUCAUUCUCUCAGCCACAUCUACGACAACUUGCGACCCCUGAAAUCGGCAUCCUCUCUUCAAGCCCAAAGACCAACCUAUGAAGCAGAUACGCCGGGUCUACAAAGAGGCUACGCGACACUCGAGCAGGCUCCACUUAGAAGAACACUGCGAUGGCCAUUGCUCGACAGGGACGAUGCUGAAGCUGAUGGCGUUAACUACAAAUUCUACUGGGACGAGUGGAGCGAUAAUGUUCCUAUGUGCAGAACAACCGAGGAUGUAUUCACACUUAGCAAGACAUUGCUGCCUCUAGUUGGCGCCAAAAUCGGCCAGGACACCUCGCUUAUCUUAAAAUUUACUCGCAUCGGCAAGGCCAGUCUUCAAGACGACAAUUCCCAAGAGAAUAGAGAUCGUUGGCUCGAUCUGAUCAAGCGUAUUCUGCUUCCAUCGCUCAGCCUCACAAAGUCAAAUCCCGGAGUCGUUAACGAGGUAUUUGAACUGGUUAGCACAUACUCCACCGAAACUCGAUACCGAAUGUAUCUUGAAUGGUCGAAAGGAGACACCUCAAGGACAGAUGACAUGCGAUCAGCCUUCGAAUUGGCGAGAGCCGAAACGAGGGACGUCCUCAAGAAGAUUUCGAAAACAAACGUCAAACCGAUGGCGCGAACUCUAGCCAAAAUCGCCUAUGCAAAUCCACAUGUUGUCAUUACUGCAGCGCUGCCCCAGAUCGAGUCUUAUGACAGUAUUGCAGACGUCUUUGUGGAAGGCUCGCGGUAUUUUACAGAUCUUGGUUAUGAUGUUUUGACGUGGGCGCUGGUCGAAUCGAUGGAAAAGGACAAUCGUGUGGGUGUACAAGCUGAUGGUAUCUUCACUAGCAAGUGGCUUACGGCUCUUUCUCACUUCAUUGGAAAAGUCUACAAACGACACAACCUCAUGAAGCCGGGACCUGUUUUACAAUACGUCGCUAAGCAGCUUUAUAAGGGCAAGAACAUCAACCUGAUCAUUCUUGAGCAGCUGAUCGUUGCUAUGGCUGGUAUUGCACCCGACACUGAUUACAAUGACACGCAAUUAGUUGCCAUGGGUGGUGGCCCCCUCCUACAAUCUCAGACAGUUCUUCAACUGCUGGAUCAGAGGCACAAUCUGAAGGCUACGGCAAAACGUCUGAUCAAAGCUCUCCAGGAUUGCGACUUGGUAUCCAAUCUGUUACUUUCUAUGGCGCAGCAGCGACAGGCAUGCGUAUUUCAAGAGGGCGAUGCUCCUCUGAAAGCCGUGGGCCAUAGUUUUGACGAGAUUACUCGAGUAAUGGCUCAGUAUCUGGAGUUGCUCAAGACGAACAUGUCUAUUGACGAAUUCCAGAAGUCGAUACCCUCAACCGUCGUCAUGCUCAACGAGUGGGACGUCCCCGCAGAGAUCGCGUUUUGGAUUGGCCGACCAACAAUUCAGAGACAGAUCAAUGACUUUGACAAAGACAACACUACGAAUGGUGCUUUGAAAGAUGCAAACGGCGACGUCGACAUGAAAGAGGAAGAAGAGGCUUCCGAGGAAGACGGCGAAGCUAUCGAAACUGAAGAUGUUGCGACUAGUGCUGCCACCCCGACCGAAAUUGAGAUGACAGGCAAUGCGGACGACAGCAUGGUAGAUGAGGAGCAGACGACCAACCAGCAAUGGCAUCCCGUGCUAAAGGACAUUAUGAAUGAGAUUGAACCUCGUCUUCCAAGUGAAGUGGUCGAUCUAAUUGGCGUUGGCUUCUACGUCACGUUUUGGCAGUUGUCCUUGUACGAUAUCAGUGUCCCUAAAUCUUCGUAUGGCGACGAGGUCAAUCGCAACAAGAAGAAGAUCACAAGCAUUAUGGCCGAUCGCACCAACAUUAGCAGUUCUGGAGCCAAGGCCCGAGAGAAUCAGGUGAAGGCUUUGGAACUGCUCAACGACGACCUUUUGUCAGAAAACAGACAGCAUCUCAAAGCCUUCUAUGAGAGCAAAGCUCGGUUGACCAAGGAAAAAGACCAGUGGUUCGCUGCUAAGAGCCGCGUCUCCAAGGAGUUAAACUAUGCGUUGAUGGAAUACUGCUUCUUACCGCGAAUAUUUCUCUCACCACUCGAUGCAUACUUCUGCUUCAAGUUCGUCAAGAUGCUCCACAGUCUGGCGGCUGCAAACUUCAGGACCUUGGGCUUUUACGAUAACCUGUUUAAAGCAGAAAGACUAUCGUCGCUCUUCUUCAUGUGCACCUCAAAGGAAGCCGACAACCUUGGAAAGUUUCUGUGUGAAGUGUUAAGAGACUUGUCUAGAUGGCACAAUAGCAAGCAUACCUACGAGCAAGAAGCUUUUGGUAUUAGAAAACAUCUACCUGGCUUCGCUUUGCGAGUCGAAAAUGGUAAGCCUCAAAAAUUGCUGGACUACGACAAAUUCCGUGACGUGCUCUUCAAGUGGCAGUCGGCUCUUUACUCAGCUUUGGUCAAGUGCCUGGGGACAAACGACUACAUGCAUGUACGAAAUGCUAUCUCGAUCCUCCGUACACUUUCACCUGCUUUCCCAGUUGUCGACUUUCAUGGCAGAUCUUUGCAGAAAGCUGUUGACAAGCUGCGAGAGUCUGAUCGGGAGGACCUCAAGGUCGCCUCACAAGCACUACUUGGUACUUUGACCCGUCGGCAGAAGGAAUGGAUUAGUCCAGAAGUGUUCCGGAAGGGACCAGGCGCAGUGGCGGAGAAAUUGACUGACACACCAGAACCCAUAAAAGAGGAGUCGAAGCCUCAGAUCCAGGCACCAGCUAUCAAGAACGUGGACACCAUGACUAGAGACACGCCUGUCAGUAAGCCUGAGCGGUCAAACACACCAUCUCUCAAGGACUCUGACAAGACGCCUUCGAGAGAUGGUAGAAGUUCUUCGCGCACGAACACACCAUUACCUCCACGCCCUUCACAAGACACUAGCACACUCCGUCCUUCAAGGCCUGAAAGUCGGCCACACGAUCUGCCUAGAAGAGUUUCACCACCUCCUCGCUUCAACUCUUCCAGUAAUCUCCCUCCUCGCGCUGACGUGGACGUUCGCAAUGGGUAUCGAGACUCAAGAUCUGGUCGCCUACCAGCUGGUGAAUCGCCUCGUCCGGAGAGCCGCACUGACAGCAGACCGGAGUAUCCGCCUCGACAUGCACCUCGUGGAUACGAAAUACCUCCGGAUCCUACACAACGAUAUCCUCCUCGAUCGUCGGAUCGUCCUAGCAUGCUCGACCGUGAUGAGAGACCUGUUCGCAGGGAACAUGAUGCAAGACACGAUCCGCGAGCAGCACAUGACGAAAGAAGAUAUAACGAACGUGAUCCGAGGUCAGAUCGUGACCCACGAGCUGACGUUCAUGGACGACCCGAAAGAGAUGUACGGCAUGAUAGAGAAUACGGACGACCUCUUGAAAGAGAGCAUGGUCGAGCCCCCGAACGACACGAACGGCCGGAGCGUGAGUAUGAACACUCUAGCAGACGAAGAGAUGAGGCACAAUUUUCCGGUCGUAGGGACGAUCCAAGAGACGGACCAACAUCAGGUAGAACACCAACAGCUCCGCCUGCACCUCAAGCUCCCGCGAUCAACCCAGCCAGAGCUGCAUUAAUCCAAGCCAACGAUGAGCAACCUAGCAUAUCCAUACGCGGUCAAGCGCAGGAUCGAGCACGUUCGUCAAGACCGGCAUCGCCAAGACGUGAAGACGAUCGCAAGCACGUAGCUCGUCACGAAAGAGAAGGACGGCACGAUCAUAGGGCCGAUCAAGAGAGAAAUGCUCCAAUGUCAGCACCACCUACAAGGAAUCUGCCCUCAGCAGGACCACCACCACGAGAUGGUCGCAAUCAAGGUAGACCUCCUGUGGACAUGUCUCAUGGCCGUCUUGAGCAAGAGAGCUCGCAUCGACCACAGUCUCGCACGGAGCGUGGACCUGAGAUGGAACCACCAUCUGGACCUCGAAGUCGGCCUUCUAACCCAACAUUACGCAACGAGGCUGUACCAGCAGCACAUGCUUCUCCUCGACAGCCACCUUCGGGUCCUGGCAGACAUUCCCGUUCUGGCUCUUAUGUUGAACCAGCAGUACCACCAGUGACUGCCGACACUAGCGGGGUGCACCCUAGUCGGAUGAGUAACCUACCGCUAGCAGAACAGCCUCGAAACAUCAGGCCACCACCAUUGCAGACUGCUCCCCCGUCGGGGCCGCGAGGAGCGCCAACAGGACCGGCAUCUGCAAGUAUACCAUCGCCGAAUACGCGUGGACCUCCUUCUGGUCCACAGGCAGAUACUCCUGCGGGACGUGGUCAACGGCAUCCUGUGGCUGCAGUUAACAACACCCUUGCGCAAGCAGCCAGUGGACCAAGAGGUGGUGGUGGUGGUGGUCGAGGAAGAGGAGGCGUGCGGCAGAAUAGUGUCUCGUACAACAAUGGCAUGCCGCCAUCACCAGUCGGUGGUCCACCAAGUCAAGGAUACAAUAAUGCUCCGCAAGAUCUCAUCAAGAAUCCCAAUGGUAUGCCUGUACAGCCUAGAGGACCUUCGAAUAGACCUGACUUGCGGGGAGAGGAUGGAUCAAGGUCGACACGAUCCCAUCAACACGAUGAUCGAGGUCACAGGAAUGAGCGAGAAGGGGGCUACAAGCAAGAUGAUGGCAGGAGAGAUCGAGGUCCGCCUGGUGGAUCACGAGAGGAUGGUGCAUCACGUAAUGGACCAAGAGGAUACCCAAGAGGUCCCAAUCCCAACGGACCUGGCGAUGACGGACCCCCAAGCAGGAAACAUGCGAGAGACGAGAGCAGUAAUGCACCAUAUAGUGGUGGUCGUGGUGGCAGAAUUGCAAGUGAGUCAAAAAGACCGAGACGUGGCGGUUAG